CUUUGCCUUUUUUAGGGGCAAGUCACGCAAAUAGACUUUUACGCUACAGUGCUUUUUGUUAACAUUCCUUAAACUCGCACAGCAAUGGCUUCCGUAACAGGAACCAUAUUUUCUGCUCCAUUAUGGAUUACACUUGGAAUCAUCUUGCUUUUCCUAAUACCAAUAUAUUUCUACUUUACAGCAGCUGUGCCUAUCCCUCUACCGGGCCCACGAUACUAUCCAUUCCCUCUGAGCCUUAUCCUACAGGCAUUCGCACUGAAAAAGUUGAAAGGAAAUCACAGAAUACAGUAUGAAUUGUCUAAAAAGUACGGGAAACUAUUUAAGUAUUCGUCGGCAGGGAGCCAAACGAUUUGCAUCACGGAACCAGAUAUGAUCAAGCAAAUCAUGGUCAAGGAAUUCCACAAGUUUCCUAACAGAGGUAUACCAAUUGAGCUACCUCCUCCGCUGGACUCGGAGCUGUUUUUAUCAAAAUAUUCGAAGUGGAAGCGAGUUCGCAAAGUUUUGGCUCCAGCCUUCAGUAGUGCCAAACUGAAAAGUACAGUGGAGCUCGUCGAAGAAGCUGCUGAUAGAAUGAUCAGUAAACUGCAUCGAUUGGCUGACACAGGUGAAAGUGUAGAGAUGUCUGACUUGAUAAGUCUAUGCAUCCUUGACAUCAUUCUGUCUAGUUCGUUUGGUGUCGAUACAAGCGACUUACAAACAAGUGAUGACAGAACACUAUUGAAUCGCUCAAAGUCCUUGUUCAAUCGUCCAUUCCUCAUUGCUCUUGUCUCAAUAUGCCCAUGGGCCAACUUUCUGGCAAAAUACGUGGAUAUUAUUGGUAAUGCUGGGUAUUUCAUGGAUCUUGCAAGCGCUAUCAUCCGGCGUCGGCAAGAAUAUGGGCCAACUGGUCGAUACGACGUAGUCCAAUUAAUGAUCGAUGCAAAUAAAACAGUGAUAGACGGAGAAAGCCGCUUGAAUAAUGACGAAAUGAAAGCAAGUUCACUAAGUUUUCUGGCAGCAGGCAACGACACAACAACAACGACCCUAAUUUGCACAAGCUAUUACUUGGCCACCAACCAAGAUGUCCAGGAAAAGCUAAUCCAGGAAAUAAAAUCUGCAAGAGAAAAAACUUGGGAGAGAAGCUACGAAUUUGCUUAUUCUAUUGACUAUUUGGACUGGGUUCUUAAGGAGGUUUUGCGCCUUUGUCCUCCGGGUCAUCGUCAUAUGCGUCAAUGCUCGGAGGAAUGCGUCAUCAAUGGCCUGAAAUUUCCCAAAGGCAUCCGUGUACAUAUUCUAACCUAUGCUCUCCAUCAUGACCCUGAUGUAUGGCCAGACCCAUUCAAGUUUGAUCCGCAGAGAUUCAGCCCAGAGGAAGAAGCGAAGAGACACCCCUUUACUUAUCUUCCAUUCGGAGCAGGUCCUCGCCAGUGCAUUGGUAGCCGAUAUGCCAUGAUGGUCAUGAAGGUCAUAUUGGUUCGUGUCUUGGAAGCUGGCUUGAGGUUUAGAAAGUCAUUCGAUACCAAACCUUUGGUUUUGAAAUCUUUUAACCAGCUCAGACCUGAAUCACCGAUUUAUCUCAAAAUCGAGGCAGAAAAAUGAAUUGUAAUGGUUAAACUCAAGGAAGAUUUUGUAUCAGUGACAGAAAACUUCUUUAUUCCAUGGCCAGCAAGCAUCAAAUGGAGGCAUGCGCAUGACUUCAGGGGCGAAUCCUGGCCUUUGAGUGGGUUUUAGAUGUAUGUGUGAUUGUUUCAGUUAUUCUGACUGAAUUGAUGUAUGUUUGUUUCUAAAUGGAUACUAAAUAGUGUUCACUUAUCUUUAAAAAUAAACGUCCGUUCCAACCAACGGUCUUUCUGGUUUGAAUCAGCCGUACGAUAUGAAUAUAUUUACCACGUCCACCAACGGUCUUUCUCAGUGGUUUGAAUCAGCUGCACUAUCCGUGCCAAGCAGCGCCGACGUCGCUUUGUUAGCCAUUACUCUCCUAUAUCGUACGGCUGAUUCAAACCAGAAAGACCGUUGGUUGGAAAUUAGAAUAACUGAAAAUCACACACACAUCUAAAACUCAAUUCGUCUGUCCUGGCGCCCUUGUCCCCAGGAAUAAAUGUCAAAAUUUUAAUCCUUGAAGGAGCUAUGCAUGGUUUAGCAUUUUCGAGGAAAUCCUGCCAGCGGGUUCAGGGGACAACCUAUGAACCUCACCGAGGUCCGCUCCAAGAUCAAAUAGUCAUGUGCUUAUCAGAUAUAUCGCUCAGCAAAGGUAAAUUCAGCCCCGAGAGGUGGACGUGUCUAAUGCAAGGCUCUGCUGGAUGGCAAAUAAACUUUACUGAAGGACUUAAGAUUGAGCAGAGUUGUAAAUGGAAAAAAUAGCAGUUUAAAUAAUGGGUUUUGUCUUGGUAAGCUGUACUGUCCACAUGUGCGCAGGGCCAAAAGAGGUUUUGAAUCAUUUUAAAAGUUAAUUUUGUGGUAAUUGAUUCUCAUUUAUUAAAUAAAAAUUGAACUAUUAGUUA